AUGGCCAACCCCAAGCGCCGGCCGCCGGCGUCGACACCCUCCGCUCCGAUUACUGUUCUCUCGGAUGGCCAACCGCAAGCGCCGACGGGUGUAGCUGCUGCCUCUACCAGCUCCGUCGCCCCGGCAGCUUACACCGGCGCUGCCCACCGACCGGAACUUGCUGGAGGCCUUGCAGCGGUGGCUGGUAUCGCUGGCCUCGUUGUGCUGCUUUGA